UAACUGAAUCAUGUAUCAAAUACGGCUCGUCGUUUGGCUGUUUCAACAGAGCAGGCGAUAUCAACUGAAACGACAACGGAGAGAAAUGAAACGACAAUGAGAAAUCAUGUAAGCAAUGGAAGGUUGAAGGAGAGUGAAGAAGGAGAAGGAAUGAAAGAGAAGCAAAAGAAUCUGUAUGCACUGGAGUUAGAGAAAACUGAGAUGGAGUUGAGAAGUAGUAGAAAAAGCUUGGAGGAUUAUUUUGAGGAGUCGAAGAAUUUUAUUGCUAAAUCAGAUGGUGGUGGUGGUGGCGGCCCGCCACGGUGGUUCUCUCCGAUGGAGUGUGGAUCCCGGUUGGAUAACUCUCCUCUUCUUCUAUUUUUGCCUGGGAUUGAUGGUAUUGGACUAGGACUUAGCAAGCAGCACAAUACUCUAGGGAAGAUUUUCGACAUAUGGUGCUUGCAUAUUCCAGUUAAGGACAGAACAUCCUUUCUAGGCCUAGUGAAGCUUAUUGAAAGGACAGUAAGAUCAGAGAGUUACUGUUUCCCUGAUAGACCUAUAUAUCUUGCUGGAGAAUCUCUUGGAGCAUGUCUUGCCCUGGCUGUCGCAGCUCGUAACCCUGAUGUUGAUCUUGUACUUGUUUUGGCUAAUCCAGCAACGUCUUUUGAGAAGUCACAGCUGCAGCCUCUAAUACCCUUAUUGGAAGUCUUACCCUUCCAGCACCAGCUUACCAUUCCUUAUAUGUUGAGCUUGAUGACAGGUGAUUCUUUGAGGAUGGCCAUGGAUAAUGCAGUGAAGGGAUUUCCUCUAGAACAAACAAUUGGAGGAUUAUCACAAGAUUUGGUUGCAAUGUCAUCUUACCUCAACGCUCUGGCUAAUAUAUUACCUACAGAAACCCUUCUUUGGAAGCUACAGAUGCUUAAAACAGCUUCGGCAUAUGCCAAUUCACGCCUCCAUGCUGUGAAAUCUCAAACACUUGUCCUUUCUAGUGGAAGAGAUCAGCUUCUUCCAAGUGAAGAAGAAGGUCAAAGGCUUUAUGUUGCACUCCCAAAAUGUGAGAUUCGCAAGUUUAACGACAGUGGUCAUUUCCUCUUCUUGGAACAUGAUGUUGAUUUGGCAAAUAUCAUCAAAGGAGCUAGUUGCUAUCGUCGUGGAAAGCAUCUUGACUACAUAUCAGAUUACAUACCACCAACCCCUCCUGAAUUCAAAAAAUUAUAUGAUUCGAACAGAUUGUUUAUGCUGGCCACAAGUCCUGUGAUGCUCUCAUAUUUUCAAGAUGGGAAGAUUGUGAGGGGCCUUGCUGGACUUCCUUCAGAAGGACCAGUAUUGUAUGUUGGUUAUCACAUGCUAAUGGGAUUUGAAGUGGUCCCAUUGAUAUCCAACUUUUUGUUGGAAAGAAAUAUUCUUGUAAGAGGGAUAACACAUCCAAUGCUGUACGUGAAAUUGAAGAAAGAGGGGAUGAUGCCUCCAUUGCAACAAUUCGAUGUGGUCAGAACUAUGGGUGCAGUUCCUGUUUCAGGAAGUAAUUUCUACAAACUUAUGUCUUCAAAGGCUCAUGCGCUAUUAUACCCAGGAGGAAUGCGGGAGGCCUUUCAUCGGAAGGGUGAAGAAUACAAGUUAUUCUGGCCAGAAAAGUCAGAGUUUGUCAGAAUGGCAUCUAGGUUUGGAGCCAAAAUUGUGCCAUUUGGUGUUGUUGGAGAGGAUGAUUUUGGAGAAGUGGUAUUUGAUUAUGAUGAUCAAAUGAAGAUUCCUUUCCUUAGGGAUUACAUAAAAGGAUUAUCAGAAGAGGUUGUGAGCUUGAGGACUGAAGCGGAUGGUGAGGUGGGACAACAAGAUCCGCACCAUGUAGGAAUUGUACCAAAAUUCCCAGGCAGGUUCUAUUACUAUUUUGGGAAACCAAUCGAAACAGAAGGGAGGAAGCAGGAAUUAAGAGACCGCGAAAAAGCUCAUGAAUUAUACUUACAUGUCAAAUCUGAGGUGGAAAACUGCAUUGCUUUUCUGAAGGAGAAAAGAGAGAGUGAUCCUUACAGGAAUAUAUUGGCCCGGUUAGCUUACCAGGCCUCUCAUGGCUUUGAUGCUGAAGUUCCAACAUUUGAUAUUUGAGCAUUCAUUCCUGCUCAUCUCCCAUAUUUUCAAAGAAAUUGAAAAUCUUCCCUGGGCAUAAAGGCACUAAACCUCACAGAAUGGUGUAAACUACAGUCUCAGCAUUGGCAAAUGUUUCACUCUCUAAUAAAGGAGAAAAGUAAGAAACUCCGAUUUCCCUAUUGGGUGCCUUUGCCGAGCAAAGCUACAUAUGAUUCUUAUAGUUCAUUCCCUUCAGAUUGAUCAUAGGUAUCUGAUAAGUGUUUGAUUAUUGGCAGAAACUUUUUCUGCACUGAAGUUUAUGUAAAUUUAUAAACUAUGCAGCAUUUACGAUGCUUGGAUUUACAACGUCAAAAUGUUCGCAUUACCUAUGCAUUGAAAAGUUAGAAACUCCACCUC